GGUAUACGUGAUCUUCUAUAACUAUAAAACCAGGAAUGUCAUCCGAAUGUCCCGACGACCUUCAAAAUUUUCGACAGAACACCUGUUGUCUUCUUGCUUUUAAUCUUCAAAGAUCUGCAUGGUAGAUUUUGCACCCGACCGAGGUAAUAAAUGAUACUCUUUUUUCUAUUUCAAAUUUCUGUUGACCAAUUCACCAUCGCCGUCUAUUCGAUACGAUGGUGUUAGCUGCGAAGCCACAACACGAAACAUGAAUGUAUAGUGGCUAGCGUGGUAUGCCCCAACCAUCACGCGUCAGGCAGGCAGUCGGGAGGCGCGCGAUGUUGGUAGAGUCGAUAGUUUUCGAUUUUUGUUUUUCAAAACGCUGGUAGACGCGAUCGCGAGAGGUGUGACCACGUACACAGUCUUGACUCGGAGUGGCUUUUGCUAAUGAAGGUCCCUCGAUUGCAGGGAAGCCGUAGUCAAUUACUAGAUAGGAAAUUUUGUUCAAUCUAACAAUUGAACAAUAUUGUGAGAUAAUAUUCAGAGUCUAAAAAGUCUUCGAACUAAUUUCGUUGAUUCAAUGUUAAUAUGCGAACAGUCGAAAUCGUUUAAGUGUUUGAAGUGAGCGUCGUUAACCUGAAGAAAUCGAAUAAGCGUUGAAAGUAGAAAACAUAAUUCGGAAAAAAAUGAUGUGUAAAUUGAAUCUAACUGAUGUAGUGUUGAGAAUACUUUUGUUGUUGCUGUGUGGAUUGCGAACUUUUGCUAGUGGAUUUUUCAACAUCAGCUCACUGCUUAACUUCGGACUAACUGAUCUGUUUGAAAUAAACUACGGACAUCCUUCGUUGCGCCCGUUUUACGAUUAUGUGAUAGUUGGUGCUGGUCCUGCAGGAUGUGUACUUGCCAAUCGACUGUCGGAAGAUGCCUCCAAAACGGUUCUACUCUUAGAGAUUGGGAAGGGCGAAAUUCCUGUCAUUACCGAUGCUCCACUGCUAGGACCCACACUUGCCUCUACCGACUACAAUUUUGGAUAUAAAACAGAAGUUCAAAAGUACGGAUGUCAAGGGUUACGGGACAAACGAUGUAGCUGGGCGCACGGGCGAGGAGUGGGUGGAUCUUCGAUCAUAAAUAAUGUGAUUUUCACUAGGGGCAACAAACGGGACUACGAUAGUUGGGCAAAAGCGGGAAACCCUGGUUGGAGUUGGAAUGAAAUGUUGCCUUACUUUCGUAAACUGGAAAAGGCCAAUAUACGGGACUUUGGUGAUAAUGGCUUUCACGGUACGGAUGGGCCGCUAUCAGUAGAAGAUUGUCCAUUUAGAUCUAAAAUUGCCGAGGCGUUCGUGAAAAGUGCCCAAGAGGUUGGAUAUCCCUACCUGGACUAUAACGCUGGAGACCUCAUCGGAGUAUCAUAUCUGCAGGCGCACACACUUCAUGGUCGUCGUGCCACCGGAGGAAACGCCUAUCUAAAGGACAUCGUGGACCGACCAAACCUACACAUUAUGACACGUUCGUGGGUCACCAAAGUUCUAAUUGAUUCCCAUAUCAAGGAAGCCAAAGGAGUACAGUUUGUAACAGGUAAACGAACCUACACAGUGAAGGCAACCCGAGAAGUGAUCCUGUCCGCUGGAGCUUUUGAAAGUGCUAAAUUGCUGAUGUUGUCAGGUGUUGGACCAUCAAAGCAUCUUCAAAAGCAUGGCAUCAAAGUUAUCCGGAAUCUACCAGUUGGUAAACAGGUUACAGAGCAUGGUGGAGUUUUCGGACCAGUGUAUAUAGUUCAUAAUGAUCCGGAUAGACUCACCAGCUUGGAAAAGAUUGCUACCUUGAGUGAGUUCAUGAGAUUCAGGAACGGAAGCGGCCCAUUGACGUCUAACUCAGUCGAAAGCUUGAUGUACGUCAAAUCACCUGUGGCGGAAGAUCCUGACCCAGGACUACCAGACGUUGAGGUUAUGCAAGCUUUCGUCUCAUUCGGAUUCGAUUCGUCACCAUCUGUUAAGUUUGCUUAUCAUUUAUCUGAUGAAUUAGAUAAAGUGUAUUUCAGACCUUUGGGUAACUUGAGAACAUUUAUGUAUCUUCCUAUGUUGUUGAAGGCACGGGCCAGGGGACAAGUCCGACUGAAGUCCACCAAUCCUUUUCACCAUCCGGAAUUCAAAUAUCAGUAUUUUGAAGAUGACAGAGAUGUAGAAGCGCUGGUAUACGCAAUUUUGCAAGCUAUCAAAGUUACCUCACAACCAGAAUUUCAAAAACUCGGUGUCGAGUUGUAUUCCAAGAAGGUUCCUGGAUGCCAAGAUUUGAAGUUUAACACUCUGGAGUACUGGCGUUGCCAUGUUCGAACGGUUACUGCAACCUUCCAGCAUCAGGUGGCAACAUGUAAAAUGGGACCAGCCAGCGAUCCUGAAGCAGUGGUAAAUCAUCGACUUCGUGUUCAUGGUAUUAAAAAUCUCCGAGUGGCAGAUGUUGGCAUCAUUCCUGACUCUCCCACAGGCCAUACAAGUGCUCAUAGUUUUGUAAUCGGUGAAAAAGCAGCAGAUAUGAUAAAGGAGGAUAACAGUCAAUAAGCAUAUCUUUACAUAGGAGAAGUCGUUCUAGACUUUAAGGUAUUCUUCAGUCAACUGGCGGAUACAAGUUAUGACGCCACUAAAAAUCUUGUGUUUUGAAUUUUAAAACCGCGAACGCUUUAUAUUGAACCAAUCAAUAA